AUGACUAAGACCAUCCAUGGAAACUCGCAAUUCCAGAAGCCCUCUUCUCUACGCUGGACGUGGAAGUCACCCGGUGAAGGGUACCGUAAUGAAAUAGACCACAUCAUCGUUAAUAAAAGGUUCUGCCUGACGGGCGUCGCUGUUGUACCAAAGUUCUAUACGGGAUUGGACCAUCGCCUCCUCCGAGGAAGAUUUUCUUUCACAAGGAGAGAAGAGAAAGCCUUCAAGUUCAGAGAGAGAAAUCCCAGAACUAUCAUCAACUGGGAUCUCUUCGCUACGCUAGCCGGCUUUUGGGAAGAUUCCGCAAUGGUCAACAUCGACGAGGAAUAUGACCGGCUCGUUGAACACCUUCACGACGGCGCGAUGAAGGCUGAAAGUUUUAAAACCACCAAGAGACGCUUGUCCCUUGAAACUCUUGAGCUGAUACGCCAGCGUAGAGCAGCACAAGAACUCACGUCCGAGCUCGCAAGGCUUUGCAGAGAGGCGAUAAAGAAGACCUCAAAGAGAGAAGAGCAGAAGUGUUUGUUGAAGCUGCAGAGGCGGGGUAAACCAUCCGCUAUGCCCGUCGAGAUUUCUCCAGUCGCAAGACGAGGAUAA